CCUUUUGAGCCUAUAGUAUUUUUUUCUUCUGAUUCAACUAUGUCGGGUUCACCGGAAUUUAUGGUUCAGAAAACGGCGAGUUCGCCGAAGAUGCCAAGCUUUACUCAAACUUGUAGCUUGUUGAGUCAGUACUUGAAGGAGAAAGGCAGCUUUGGGGAUCUAACUUUGGGGAUGACAUGCAACGUUGAAGCUAAUGGGGCACCGGAGACUGUGCGACCGACCAUGAAUUUGUUCCCUGUGGAUCAGAUGUCUGGUGGGAAUGUUGGAGGUCCCAGGAGUUUGAAAUCCAUGGCUUUGUUCCCCCAAGAAUCUGGUUUUUCCCUGCCGGCUCCUACGGACGAUGCUCUGAAAAGGUUUGAUUCUACUGUUAAUAGCUCAAACAAGUGUUCUGCGAUGGAGUCUGUGCCGAUGACUAUCUUUUACGGUGGACAAGUGGUGGUGUUCAAUGAUUUCCCAGCCGAGAAAGCUAAAGAAAUCAUGCUUAUGGCUACCAAGUGCAGCUCCCAAAACAACCUGAAUCUGAAAACAAACAUGCUGUUUACUUCUAGCAUGUCUGGAAGUCCAAACGAAUCCGGAAUCGGAGUUCCUCUGACCUCAAACGGCGUUCAUAAUCACAGGAACGACGGGACAAGUAAUGAAUGCGUUCAAUCUGCUCAGCAGCGACCCAUUCCUGGCGAUCUACCAAUUGCUAGAAGGGCUUCCCUUCAUCGAUUCCUCGAGAAGAGAAAGGAUAGGAUCACCUCAAAGGCUCCAUACUAGCUAAGUAACUCGACGUCCGGCUCACCAUCGGAGCCCGGAAACAGCAAGUCAUGGUUGGGUUUAGCUGUUGAAUCACAACAGUUGGAAAGUA